GUGUGUGACAAUAGAGGGCUCUCUCAACACGUGUUGUGUUUAGCGUUGAGACAGACAUUGCGUUUCCAUUGAAGAGUUGAGCCAAACGUUUGAUUGCAUUACGCUUUCAAUUCAAUUGUCGUAUUGUUUGCCAUUAAUUGUGUUGAUUGUGUCAAAACAACGAUGUCUUCAGUGACCACCGAUGACCAGUCGGCCAAACGGGCCGAACGUAUGAAGAAAUUGCGAGAAUUGCACUCAAAGAGAACGGAAGCGAGUCGUCUGAACCACAAAGAAGUGGUCGAAGAGAAUAAAAGACAACAAUUGCCACAGAAUUGGGAGAAGAAGUCAGAGUUGGCUGAGUAUCGGCUGAACGAAGAGGUGGCCAAAGAGAGGGCCAAAGAGUCGGGCGAAGACUACGAGCGCAACAAAUUGAUGGACAUUCAGGCGGACGACUCCGAGCGCUGGCAUCGCAAACGUGAGGCCAAACACAAUCCCGACCCGGGAUUCAGUGGCUUCGAGGCGGCGACCGCUCGUCAGUACAAUCGACUCACGAAACAAAUGAAACCAGACUUAGAGGAGUACCACAAGAAUAAGGAGGCGGUCGGAGACAAAGUGUUUUACGCCAAUCACUCGACGCUAAUCCACGGCACGCAUAAGGACUCGAAGGCCGCCAUCGAUCGGAUGGUCGAAGAUCUCGACAAACAGAUCGAAAAGCGCUCGAAGUAUAGCCGGAGGCGCCGUUUCGACGACGACGCGGACAUCGAUUACAUCAAUGAACGCAAUAUGAAGUUCAAUAAAAAGUUGGACAGAUUUUACGGACAAUACACGCAAGAAAUCAAACAAAAUCUCGAACGCGGAACAGCUGUUUGAUUCAAUACAAGCUCUCUCUCUCUCUCUCUCUCUCUUUCCCACUAUUUCUCCCACUUAUAUGUCUUCAUCUAAUUAUCUGUCUUUUAGUGGCAAACAAUUUGUUUUGUUUUAUUUUUAUCUUAUUUUUUAUAUACGGUUUUUGUUUCAAUUAAUUUCAUCUAUUAAUAGAAAUUUUGUUAACAAAAACUUCACAUUUAUUUUCUCUUCAAAUGAAAGUAAAAAA